CACAGCUCAAAGUUCAGACGGACAGAGACGAUCCACAGACGCCAAGAACAACAAGAAGAAGAUUUUAUGUCUAAAAGGAAAUAUUUAAAAUUUUCUCGUCACAUAUAUAAAACCACAGAAGAAGAUUGGACUAGUUUCGGAGUUACUCUUAGUCUAAUACCUGACUUUAAUAAAAGCCAGAUGGAUUGUACCUGAAGAGACGACCAGGAUACACUCAGCCUGACUGGCGCCAUCUUGAAGAGACAGACAGCAGCAUGGAGCCUCGGCUGCAGGUGAUCGGAGAGAACGAAGCUCUGCAGCAGUUCUUCAGCGGUCAGGAUGUCAGUGGUGUGUUGGACAGUUCUGUUGCCGUGGAUACGAGCAUCCUGGAGCAGUACCUCAGCAAUGACAUGGACCCCAACAACUUCAUGCUCCCUGAGUCUCCUCCUGACUCCAGCUCUGAGGCCUGUUCCCCCCCACAGAUACCAGAAUUCCACUACAAGUCGCCCUAUUUGUCCAACCAGCAGACCAAUCAGGAGCUGUUCCAGCAAACACAAAGCCCCGCCCCCUCGUCUUCCUGUCGCUUUAAGGAUCGAGACCCCCACGACCUCCUGACCCACGAACAACUGCGACAUCUGGGCCUCACAAACACUUUCAUCAAGCCUGGUUCCUCACCUGCACACACACACCAGCACACACACCUUCACACACACCACCCACACACACACUACCUGAGUCCAGAGAGCAUCUCGCAGGUUUACACCCCCGCAACACCACCUUCUCCUCCAGUUCCAUCAUCCUCAAACAGCUUCACUAGAACAUGCCCUGGUUCUGGUCUGGGGCCAAAUGUUCCCCUGGUUCCUUCAGACUGUCUGCUGGGAUCCUCCUCCAUGAUCCAAACCUGCUCCCCGGACAGUAAGAAGAGGAGGAGAUCUGAGAGCGAGGAACCAUCGGUGGGAAUAGAGGUGUCUAGUGAAGGAGACGGGAGUCAAGGAGGUAGUUUAGGAAACACUUUAGGAUCCUAUCAACUUCUGACCUGGGAUCAGUACCGGCCAGAACAUUGGAGCGCUUUGUACGACAACAGCUACCAAACACUGUGUCCUCCUGCCUACCACGUCGACACAGAUAAAGGCUUCAACUUUUCUGGAGUUGAUGAGUCCUUCGUUUGCCAAAAGAAGAAUCAUUUCCAGGUCACGGUUCACAUCGGCGUGGCCGCGGAGCCGCAAUUCGUCCGAACGCCCAGCGGCCCGCAGCCCGUCGAUCACUUCCAGAUAAAAGUGUUCGGGAUCAAGCUGGAGUCUCCGAGCCACCAGGUGACGAUCGAGCAGUCGCAGCCGGACCGGAGCAAGAAGGCUUUUCAUCCCGUCAGGGUCAGUCUUCCUAGCGGUAAAAUCACAAAGGUAACGCUCGGCCGACUUCACUUUAGCGAGACGACGUCCAACAACAUGAGGAAGAAAGGAAAACCCAACGCUGACCAGAGAUAUUUCCAGAUGGUGGUUGGUCUCUACGCUGCAGUGAGAGGAGAAGAAACCUUCCUCCUCACGGCUUUAAUGUCCGAGAAAAUCAUCGUCAGGGCCUCUAACCCGGGUCAGUUUGAGAUGGAUGGAGAAGCCCUGUGGCAGCGGGGGGGUUUUCAGGACGCUUUAGUUUGUCACGGUCGAGUGGGCAUCAACACAGAUUCCCCCGAUGAGGCGUUAGUCGUCUGUGGGAACGCCAAAGUGAUGGGAGCCGUGAUGCAGCCGUCAGACCGCCGCGCCAAGGAGAACAUUCAGGAGGUCGACUCUGAGCAGCAGCUGAGGAGAAUCACUCAGAUGAGGAUCGUUGAGUUUGAUUAUAAACCCGAGUUUGCCUCCAACAUGGGAAUAGACCACACCCACCAGACAGGGAUGAUAGCUCAGGAGGUGAAGGAGCUGCUGCCUUCAGCGGUGACCGAGGUCGGAGACGUUUCCUGUUCUGACGGAGAGAAGAUCCACAACUUCCUCAUGGUGGACAAAGAGCAGAUCUUCAUGGAGAACGUGGGCGCGGUGCAGCAGCUUUCAAAACUCACAGACAACCUGGACACUCGGAUCAAAGAGCUGGAGGUCUGGAACCGAAGGCUGGAGAAACUGAAGAGCCUCGGAGGCAGCCUGCGCUCCACCGGCAGGAAACCCAGCAGUGUGUGUGUGAGUCCUGAGGAGGGGAAACCUGUCAGAGUUCAGAAGGAGAGCCGGAGUCAGAAGGUUCUUCGGCACAAAGUCUUCCAGGCCAGCGUCUUCACCCUGCUGGCCACCAUGGCUUUCUGCGUCAUCUCUAUCACGGCUAUCUACCUGCUGAACCUGACUGACGACUCGGACAUGAGUAACGGCAGUGUGGAGCCAUUGCAGCCGACAGCCUGGAGCAGCCCAGUCCCCCCCACCAGCCCCCCCAAAUAUUGGCCUCCAGAUGUGGACUUCUGUGAGCUGCUGUACUGUGACCAUGUGUACUGCUGCCCUCCAGGGGGCAGCACUGAGCCCAACAUCACCUCCACGCAUACAUCUCAUAUGUCAGAAAAAAGAAAAGAAAAACUUUACGACCAGAUGAAACUUGCUGGAGAUUGGACGAACACCACCAUCCAAUCCUUUAUGAUCAAAGAGAGCCAGCAGGUGAUCGACAGAAAAUACUGCCUGAGAGACGACUGUGGGCCCGGGAAAUACGUCUUCAGAGUUCCUGUCAGUCAGUUUGUCCCGGUCAACAUGAGAGUCACGCUGAUCAUGAACUCCACAGAGCUGCUGGUGGUUCACCUCUGCAGCCUCGAUGAGUCGGCGCCUUGCUCUGCUCUGCUGGAUCUAGACAGCGUCUCAGCGAGCAGAUACCCGUCAAACACACAGGGAGAACAUGAAUGGAAUCUCCACGUCGCUCGUCUUUCUCACAGCUCGUAUCACUUUCGCUCCACAGUGGCCGGUCAGGCAGACUGUAAUACCGAUCAUCACCUGGCGGGGGCGCUCUUCACAGAUUACCACUUCCACUUCUACAGACGCUGCACAGACUCAUAGUCCCACGUUUAAAAGAUUUGAAAAAGGGUUUGUUUGUUUUAAACAAAAAACAUCAGAUUAAUUCAAGCCUUACUUCUGCUCUGUUUUGUUUUGUUUUGAUUGUGAUAUAAAUCCCUUUAGCUGAUAGAUUGUUCUGUAUAAUAGCAAAUAACAGUAAAUAAAGUGGAAUUCGCCCCGAUAUACAACAGUCUAAUAUGAGAUUAAAGUCAUACAUGUAUGAGUAAAAAGGAGACUAUUCUCUCAGAUUAAAUCAGUGAAAUUUGAAAGAAAUAACUCACAAAUUUGAGACAAAUUUCAACGUUUUUUAUGCAAAUGUAUGAUUUUUAAUGUGAAUUUCCUUAUUUUUUUUAACACAAUGACGACCAGAAUUACAUUUUUUCUCAAAAUAAUGCAAGCUUUCUUUAUCCUUUUUUCUUUUUCAUAUAUCUACUGGAGAGUUAUACAUUAUUAUAUAUAUUUAAAGGAGUUUCGUAUCAAUUACAAAAGACCUUUGCCAAGACAUUGCAUAUUUAAGUGACUCCAAUUACAGUCUAUGCUAUAGUUUCAUGAAAACGUUUUUUUUAUGUAAAGCACUGAUCCCAGAAUUGUGUGAAAUAAUUUUGGGAUUCUUUUAAAAAUCCCAAGAAAUUAGAUGUAUGAAUGAAGCACGAGUGUUGAUCUCAGAAGUAUAUCUGUUCGUACAUCAACUGUUAUUUGUAAUGACGUCAAUAAAUGAAGAAAAGACAGUAGACAUGUUUUCUUGUUUAUGAAAUUCGAGUAAUGUCUUUAGUCUGAGACCUUAAAAGAAAGCAGUGAUUAUAAGAUGUUAAAGUUACUUAUCAAAAUAAACGUUAAUGUAGUUUAAGUCUUCUGUUGGUGUGAAAAAUUCCAUGAACUAAACUGAACGUGACUGCUCUGCUUUAUGUGAAAUGAAAACUAAUAAACAGUG